AAUCUGUAAAUAUUUACAGGCCUUAGUAUCAGUUCAUUUGAAAACAGAUAUAGAAUUUACCCACGAGGCUCAGUAUGGAAUAAUUGAACUACUGAGGAUUCCAUCUGUGGCCCACAUCAGCCGCGUGUUGGGACUUUGUUUCACUCAUAUUAGGUGAAAACAAUUCAUGACUCUCAGGUGAAUUUUACAAUUACUCAAACUCAAGAUUACAGAGAUGAAAAGGUGAACCCCAGGGUGAAUUCAGUCAAACUCCACUAACUUUGGAGCAAAACACAGUAGUAGUGAUUCACUGAAGCUUUUUAAAAAUGCUCUUGAAAUUAUCACAGUAGGUUCAGUUCUAGCUGCUUCGUCUCAUACUAUCCACGAACGUCCACUUCCACACCAAUCAUCUCCAUGCCCUCCUUCAUCAUCAUAGUCAUCUUCCUCCCCAUGUUGCUCCCUCCCCUCUCUCACCUCAUCCCUCGCCCCCUCUACUGUUACCCCGACCAUCUCUAUCUCAACCUUGUCUCUGUAGAUUUAGCUCCAACCUUAGCAGUUCCUCUGAUCUGCUUGAUUCUCAUUCUGUUCUGAUCUCAGCGCCUUCAUGUCUGCCCAGGUGUAUAAACAUCAUCACAAAGGUCUAAUCAUCUUUCUAAUCUUUUAAACCUUCGCUAGAAAUAUUGACUUUUCAAUUCCGGCUGACACGCAUCCACUUUCUUCACCUCUUCUGUCCAUUCCUUGUUGACCUGAGGUACUUGAACUGAUCCACCUUCUUUCUCACCUUUACAAAAAUACACUGAGGUUUCCUCUUGCCCCCAAGUUCCACGUUUGACCCAUAUAUCCACCAUCUCUCCUCGGCACAAAUCUAAAUCUCCUUACAAAUUCACACAAUCACAAUAAAAAACCCAAGCAUCUUUAGUGCCACAGCUCAAUGUCCAGCUCUGCGUUAUUCAUCGAUAUUCCCACUUCUUUCCAAGCAUUUAUGUUUUUGUCAUUUAUGUUUUUCUCUACUCCACCAUUUCCCCACUGUAACCCAAAGACUUCUGGACCUGGAUUUAUUCACUACCUCUCCUCAUAUCUUAGCCUUUUCACCUGCCGCGCUCUGAUUCACACUAAUGUAUUCUGAGACACACGCACCGACUUCCUUCGGCCCAUUAAAUAAAGCACGCUGGUCCUAAUGCAAUGUCCGCUGAAUGCUAGUGAGCCACGGGGUGCAGCAAAUGCUCUGAUUGACAUUCAGUGCAAUCGAAUUUUUAUCUGAUUGACAAGCCAACCCAUUUUCUGCUUCUACUGAAACUCAAAGCCAGUGGAGAAUGGUAAUUGGUGUUCUGCUACUUUUACAGCGGUUGAUGUGGUGCCUUAAUACCACCAACAACUGAUGCUGGUUUGAUUAGUGUGGGGGGGGGGGUUCAGACAGCAGAGAUGAACAGCAUCUCAAUGAAACGCAGAAAGACAGGCAUCUGAUUGAUAUAUCACAUGAAUGGCAAAAACAUAUUUCCAAAAUUAAAAAAAUAAAUAUCAACAACUAGUCACGUUGAAUUGCCGUGAAAACCUUUCUGUUCCUAUUUUCCUCAUUUUUAUCACUUGUUUUGGAAACUCCAAACUUGGACCAUUUAUGGAUGUUUUUUUUCUUUUAACAUACAGCUUGAAUUUAAUUUGAUUUGAUUUAAUUUAGACAUUUGCCUUUAAAUCAACUCCGUACAAUCAACUUGAUAAUGUGUAGAAUAUACUCAACAUUUACCACAUAAAUGCACUGAUCCUUUAAAAUACUUAAAACUAAAAUAAAAUUUAAAAAAAAGACUUUCAGACAUUCCUAACAUCCAACUGGACCAAUCAAUAGGAUUUUCCCCAGGACUAUCAUUAAGGCUGCUUACAGAUUAACUUCAAUCAGAAUAAAUACAUAUUUUUAAUAAAUUCCUGUUUUCCCCAUCAUCCAAAUCUUAAUAUCAAAUAUUAUAUAAAAACGUUAUGAUGGAAGAACGGUACGUGAUGACUCAGCUAAUCUGUCCCUGGACCUGUGAUCAUUAAACGUGUCCUAAUAUUCACAGACAGGCUGCCGUUUGAUCUCCAGGCUGGCGGCAUACACUGUAUAUGGAUGACAUGGAACCUUUUGGCAGCGACAUGACUUUGAUGAUAAUGUCAUGAAAUCAGAAAGCUUCCAUCCUACAGAAACUAUCAUCAACUGUUUAUGUCGACAAGGUGAUAAAGCUCAAAGACAAAUAUGGUAAUGAUCAAUGAAAAAAAUAAAUAUCUAAACUCCAAUCAGGUGGCGUUUCAAUAAUCAGUCUCCUCAGAGAAUGUCAGCUUCCACAGGUCAUUUAUCACGGCUCAACAUUUGCAGUCAGAAAAGGCCACUUGUAGGAUUCAGCACGUGUAAUAAGUAAAUCUUUGCUCAGAUGGAUUUUGCUGCUGCACAGUCCUGAGGUGACAUGGAAAAGUACCAUACCUGCCAUUAAUGGUCACUGUGAUCGAAUGAGUCAUCGCUUCAGGACUCAAGAGUCAAGAAUAUUAUGGAUCCACCUCCACAUCCUCAGACGAGUCACACAGAAGACACUUUUAUCACAGCACUGAUGAUUUCCGCAUAUUUCCAUGAUACAUCCAUUAAUACCUCAAAGAAACUUAGUGGAAAACCUCGUGAAAGAAUACACUGAUGUAGCAACACAUGGCUCUUUAGGGUCUCAUUCAGCUACUGCACUGAUAAACUCAAGGAUGAUUCACUGCCUCUUCAGCUUUGGCUGAAUGUGUGUGUAGUAAACAGAACUAAAAAAAAAAACAUAACAUUUCAAUCUGGCACAGAGUGUCGUUCUGAGGUGCAUUAGCCUAAUGCAGUUUUGGUUUUUUGAUAUAUUCAAAACAGGUUUAUUAAAGUGAACUCUCCCAGAGUGAGUCACCAGAUGAACUCAUCGCAGAGGACAUUUUGGUCUCAUUAUUUUAGCUUUUCCCAUUAAUGAUAUUUAGUGGAAUAACAUUUGUUGUAAAUGUUUGUUCAGACGAGCAAUAAAAAAACAACUCGUCAGGAUCAGCCUGUGACUGGACACAGGUUUCUAUCGUCAAUCAAAACCUUAUAGAUGUGAAUUUUUAGCAGACGGUUUUAUCCAAAGGGAUCUAUAUGAGGAGGAUUAAUUCCAAAUCCGAUUUCUCGUAGCUGCACAUUCGCAGGCAUCGACACAUUUGAACUCAGUUGUGUGUUGUUGUAAAAUCAUUAUAAUUUUUUUGUUCCUUUUUUUUUUGCCUUUAAAUGUCACUGUCACACGACUGACUGUUUGACCUAAUUUACUUCUCCUCAGACACCCUUUUAGCAAGAUGGCAACUUUUAACUGCUCCUUCGAUAUGAUGUCCGAAAAAGGCGGCUGGCUGUGUCCUCUAGGGGAAACGUGUAGCAAUCUGACUACCUCGAUAAACAGCAGUCACGUCGACAUGGACGAAGCGUGUUUGAGCAGGUACCUAGAGAAGUACCUGGGUCUUCGUCGUUCCUCUGCGUUCCUCCCCAUCUGUCUCAUCUACCUGGUUAUUUUUAUGGUGGGAGUUCUGGGCAACGUCCUAACUUGUACUGUGAUUGCACGCAACAAAGUGAUGUGGACCCCGACGAACUACUACCUGUUCAGCCUCGCGGUGUCGGACCUGCUGGUGCUACUCCUCGGAAUGCCCCUGGAGCUGUAUGAGCUGUGGCAGAACUACCCGUUCCUCUUUGGGAAAGCUGGCUGCCACUUCAAAACGUUCCUGUUCGAGACGGUCUGCUUGGCGUCCAUUCUCAACGUCACAGCAUUGAGCGUGGAGCGCUACAUCGCAGUGGUGCAUCCACUUCGGGCAAAGUAUGUCGUGACUAGAACCCACGCCAAACGGGUCAUCAUCACAGUGUGGGGGGUGUCGGUGCUGUGUGCCAUCCCCAACACCGGUCUACACGGCAUCGCUGUCCUUCAAAGUCAAACCACAGGCCCCACUGGACCUGUGAACGUGGAAAUCCCAGAUUCGGCCAUCUGUACUCUGGUCAAACCCCUGUGGAUGUACAAUCUGACCAUUCAAGUGACCACUUUGCUGUUUUUUGCUUUUCCCAUGCUCAUCAUCAGCAUUCUCUACCUGCUGAUUGGGCUUCAGCUGAAGAGGGAGAAGAUGCAUCAGGCUCUCGAGGCAAAGUCGGGCUUUGGAAAGGACAGCUUUUGUAACAUUCGUACACAGCAGCAGAAGGCACGACGCCAGCAGGUGACUAAAAUGUUAUUUGUGUUAGUCGUGGUGUUUGGAAUCUGCUGGGCGCCGUUCCACACCGACCGCCUCAUGUGGAGUUUAAUUCACGACUGGACUGAUAACCACCUGGAAAUCUUCCAGUAUGUGCACGUUAUCUCCGGGGUGUUUUUCUACCUCAGCUCGGCCGUCAACCCUGUCCUCUACAACCUCAUGUCCACGCGGUUCAGAGAAAUGUUCAAGGAGGUCAUGUGCCACCGUCAACACCACGCAACCCCCAGGAAAUAUUCGCUCAGUGUCACCCGGGUGACGCUCCGCAGCACUCUGAGCGAUGCUCCACAAAGCAACGGAGCUGCCGCAGUUGAAGGCGAGGCAGAAGAUAGAGAAGCAAAAAUAAUAGAGGAGACCACUUUUUUGGCCUAAUGGCUUUAGGUACUAUGGUGUUCUCACUCUCCUGACUCAACUCCACCAGCUCAGUCCUACACCCUCACACACAGCAAAUGCAUCAGCUAAAAACAUAAAAGCCGAACAGAAGAAGCGCAAGGUCGAAAAACAUACUGCAAUAUCGUUGUGUAACUGGAACACCGGUUACUUUUAUGAUUACUUUGAAACUUUAAACCACAAACAGAACAUGGCCGCUUUCCUUUCUCCUAUUUACUUGUGCAUAUGUCACAGUGCAAACUAUGAUCCACUAUAAAAAUACAAUAAUAAUUCUCGUGCUUGUGAUACCAUCUCAACGACAAGCAUGCGUUGGUGGAGGCUUCAGCUUGCAGUCACACCUGGCUUGUGUAUAUAAUAUAUAUAAUAAAUAAAGUAUCUAACAUAUGAAAUAGGUUGACGGCUGACAGACACUUCUGCCAAAUGCAGGGAGUGUAAAACAAUUCAUAUUUGCGUCACCAAAGUUUUGAAA